GGAUACAGUCUGCUCCGUACAGUAUACAACUGUCAGGCAGCGGCAGAGAGGGAGAGCGAGCGCAUUGUGCCCGGAGCCGCAGCUUAGAGACGAUGUGAGCAACUUCAGAAGGAAGGUUAUGUCUGAGUGUGCCGGGGGGGAGGGAGGACGGAGGAGAGAGAAAGAGUAGAGGAAAAAUCCACAGACAGUAAACAGUGCACUCAGCCAUCGCAGAGACACGGAGUUGAGGGAGGGGGAAGAAGAGGAAACAUUUGCAAGAAUUGUUGUGUGCGGCAAGAAGGCGCUUUGCUCUCAUUCUGGGGAGCCAGCUAAAAACAUGGCGACUGUACCAGUCUACUGCAUCUGUCGGUUACCUUACGACGUAACUCGAUUUAUGAUUGAAUGCGAUGCGUGCAAAGACUGGUUUCACGGCAGCUGUGUUGGCGUUGAAGAGGAUGAGGCACCAGAUAUUGAUAUCUAUCACUGUCCAAACUGUGAAAAAACUCACGGCCAGUCUACAAUGAAAAAGAAAAAGCAAAAGUAUGAGCCAAUACAUACUAUGGAUAUUACACGACCAGUUCAAAAUGGAAGCCAAGUGUUUAUAAAAGAGCUCCGAAGCCGGACCUUCCCUAGUGCAGAGGAGGUUAUUCAAAGGCUGACUGGAACUCAACUAUCCUUGGGAUUUCUGGAAGAAAAUGGUUUUACUGGACCUAUUUUGGUUGCAAAGAAAGAUGGUUUGGGAUUAAGUUUGCCACCACUUACAUUUUCUGUUAGUGACCUUGAAAAUUAUGUUGGCCCAGACAGAGUUAUUGAUGUUGUAGAUGUCACAAAACAGAAGACCUGCAAGUUGACCAUCAAAGAAUUUGUUGACUACUACUACAGUGCAAACCGGAAGAGAGUUCUUAAUGUGAUUAACCUUGAAUUUUCAGAUACAAAAAUGUCGAGUUUGGUUGAAGCUCCUGAAGUUGUCAAGAAAUUGUCCUGGGUCGAUAAUUUAUGGCACAAUGAUUCACUUUUUGAAAAGCCAAAAGUUACAAAAUAUUGCCAAAUUGGCGUGAAGGACAGCUACACAGACUUUCACAUAGGGUCUGGGGGUUCUUCUGCUUGGUACCAUCUUCUACGUGGAGAGAAAAUUUUUUAUCUAAUUAAAUCGACCUCUGCAAACCUUGCUUUGUAUGAAAGAUGGAGUUCAUCGUCGAAUCAGAGUGAAAUGUUUUUUGCAGAUCAGGUGGACAAGUGCUACAAGUGCACCCUGAAACAAGGACAGAGCCUGUUUAUCCCAUCAGGCUGGAUUUAUGCAACUUUGACUCCAGUGGACUGUUUGGCUUUUGGUGGACACUUCUUGCACAGUCUGAAUAUUGAAAUGCAGUUGAGAGCCUAUGAAGUGGAAAAGCGGUUGAAAAUUAGUAGUCUUAUCAAAUUUUCAAAUUUUGAAGUCAUAUGUUGGUAUGUUGGCAAAUAUCUGCUUGAGACAUUCAAAGGUUUGCACAAAUCUGGUAAGCAGCCUCCAACCUAUCUGGUACUAGGAGCAAAAGCCCUAAAUGGUGCUUUCAGGGCAUGGACCAAGAAGCAGGUUAUAGCUGAUCAUGAAGAUGAGAUUCCAGAAACUAUUAAAACAGCACAACUUAUAAAAGAAUUUGCCAAAGAAAUACGAAUAGCAGAGAAUGCACUUAAAGCAAAUGAAAGUGAGGUGAGUGAUAUUAUCAGUACAGCCAAAAGUCCAGCUGUACCUGCCAAACUGCCAGCACACACAGGAGCAGCAGCUAUUGAAAAGUCAGAAAAAAAGAAAGUUUCACGGGCCAAAGAAGGAGGAAAGAAGAAAGGGAAGAAAGAAAAAGAAAGUACAGUAUUAGUUCCAAAUCUUGACAUUCUUGAGGCACAUACAAAGGAGGCUUUAAUUAAAACUGAAGUGCCAAAGAAAGGGGGAAAGGUUUCAAAGAAUAUGUUAAGUGUGGCUGGCAGAGAAAGUAUAAACAAUCAAAAUGAUGUAUUAAAAUUUGGAAUACAAGAGCAGAACAAAAGCAAAGCUGAAGUGAAGUGGAAGUAUAAGAAUAGUAAACCAGAUUCUCUGCUCAAAAUGGAAGAUGGAAAAUCAGACAAAUUGUUUUUGACAGGAAACAAAGACAAUAGCAAGCUCAAGUUGGUGUUCACCAAUAAAAAACUGUUGAGUUGUAAAGGAGUGAAAACUCAGACCAAAUCUGUUAAGUCUGAUAAUGUGUUCGGGUGUUUGCAAAAUAUUAAAGAAGACAAGCCAAAACCAGUAAGAGAUGAAUACGAGUAUGUUUCAGAUGAUGGUGAAUUGCAGAUUGAUGAAUUUCCUAUAAGAAGAAAGAAGACUGCUUCAAAAAGAAAUUUAACAUUUUUAUCAAAGACCAAAGAGAGUGUGGGACAAACUGAAAUGAGGGAACCUGUGGUUCAACACAGUUCUAAUCAGGAUGACAAUUCAUCUGAUGAAGAUUCACUUCAUAUUGAUACUGAGGCAAAGCCAGAUCCUAGUGCUGACAAAAAGACUGAAACCAGUAGUUCUGCUGGGAUACUGGAUCUGCUACAGGCCAGCAAACAGGUUGGCGGUCUUGAAUACAGUGGAAACAGCAAAGUCAUUAAAGUAGCAAAAGUCACCAACUGUGACAUCACUGAUUUCAGCCAACCGCCAGCCUCACCCAGCACACAAGAGGCCAUCCAGGGCAUGUUGUCCAUGGCUAAUCUUCAGUCCUCAGACUCCUGCUUACAAACUUCAUGGACCAGCAACCAAAUUAAAAAUAGCUCAUCCAUAGUUCAAGGAUCAAAGAAAACUGGUAGCAACAUUAAUAAGCACACAGGGAAGCAGUUAGUCAAAAGCACUACACAGACCACUAUUGACAUUAAUGAUUAUGAAGACCAGGACAGCCUAGGAGCAUGUUUCAAAGAUUCUGAAUAUGUUUAUCCAUCACUUGAAUCUGAUGAUGAUGAUCCAGUUUUCAAAUCCAGAUCCAAAAAGAGAAAAAGUGCAGAUGAUACACCCUGGAAUCCUACAGCCAGAGUUACACCAUCUGUUCCUCGGCAUGACAGGCCAACACGAGAAGGGGCAAGAGUUGCCUCAAUAGAAACUGGAUUAGCUGCAGCUGCUGCAAAGUUAUCUCAACAGGAACAACAGAAAGUCCAGAAGAGAAAAUAUACCAAAAGGAAAAUGUCAUCAGAUGAUUCUAUCAAAAUCCCUCAGGAAAGUGCUUCUACAGAAAUGAAGAAUGACAGCCAUACAGGAAAACGAUUAAAGAAGGGUAUGGCAACUGCUAAACAAAGACUUGGAAAAAUACUAAAAAUACAUAGGAAUGGAAAACUUCUUCUGUAAAGUUAGAAACGAGAAACAUUUUCAGUUAAAAUGUAUUGGCCUGACACUGACGCCGUUACAUGUGUGACAUAAUGUUAACACAUUUUAGAUCAUUCCGGGUUAGAGACAGUGUCCAUUUCAACUGUAUCUACAGACCAUCCUCAGAGAGAGUAUGGUGCUUUUGUGUGGUACUCUCAUAGAUUGGCUCCACUUGGUCUGUGGCAUAAUUGGAAAUGCUUGUUAGUGGCAUUUGAUAUCUAUCAAAGAUGUCAGAGUAAUCCACUUAAUUCAGCCAAAUCUUCUGUUGGAGCAUUUUUAAGCAUUAAAUUACAGAUAGUGAAAAAAAAUGAAUUUGGAGAUACUACCAUUUUUAAAGAAUGUCAAAAACAAAUUCAUAAGAAAUGCUGUCCUUAAACGCACAGGAGUGUGUUCAACAGUACAGUAAUAAACAGCUGCCUUUAACCUGAGUAAAUGGAUACCGUUUCUAUAAACUUGUUUCUCAGGCAAUUCCACAUUUCAGACUUAAAGAAACAUUUAAACUGUUUUUUCAUACUAUAAAUCCUGUAAAUAUGAUCAAAGGAUUAAUCUUUAUUGCAAAUUGUCUUUGAGUUAC